AUGAGCCAGAAAGGCUCUCUCGAAGAUCCCUUUGCACCAGAGCGGUCUUCCACAAGUGAUGUCCCGUUUACCCCCCAAGCCCUAAUGUUUAAAAAACUAGGGACACAGAAAGCGGUGUACGAGGCUUUGUACAAUGAACUUCGAGCCGGGGAACACCCUCUGAAGACAGGAGUAGCCUUAAAACAUCAUGGGACAUAUGAUCCCACUUUGCAUUCCUCGGGAGGGAUGAACUUGUGUCUAGAUGGUCCUUAUUCCACUGGUAUAUUUGCACUGCAGCAACCAAGUUGGAUUGGCCGUUGCGUAACUCCUUCUGCAGUGUACAGCGAAGGGCUCACAGGCUCCUCUGGAGGGCAUUUACUAACAAGCAUAACCCCUCAUCAAUGGCCCGUUGAAUCUAGGGCACAGCAGCGAAGAAGGCAGAAGAAGGCCAUCUCACGUCCGCAAGUUCUCGAGCUGUCCCCUGGCCAUAUGCUACAGGCGGGGGUGCCUGGGGGCCCCGUGCAAAAGACUGCAAGUUACAAGCACUACCAGCAGUUGGAAGCUCCCAUAGAGCAACAAUGUGCAGGGGGACACUACAGUCGAUGCUGCCGCAGCGGUUUCCAGCGGCAGCCGUCGUACCACGAUGCCUGCAAUGCAUGUACCGCUACCCACUGCCUCCCAAGGAGAGAACACCCAAUGACUGAGAACCAGUACCACAUUUUACUUCAGCACCUGAGGGAUCUCGCAGGGCAGUCUGGCCCUUCUGUUCUGGAAAAGGAACCGCAGCAGCAACAGGUUUCCGCCGUGCUACAGCACCAGCCAAACACUCUACUCAGCGAGGAACAACUGAAGGAGGCCGUGCAGCUCUACCUCCGCGGACUCGCUACUAGUACCAUUUUGCAAGCUCAGCAGCAUAUGCAGCAACAACAGAUGCUGCAGCAUCAACAACUAUUGCAGCAACUGCAAGUACUGCAGCAACAAAUUCACCAGCAGAUGCCAAUGCAGUGCAAAUCAGCGCAGGAGAUGCUUCCUCAAGAGACACAGUGUGGCCACCUGUCAGGUCACGUGCCUCAGCCGCAGCAAAGAUCUGGAGCACCAGACUGUGGCUUCUAUGCUCCGAGCCGGCGCGUAGAGAGUCUGCUGGAUGCCAUGCAGGAGGACCGCCAAGGCCCUACGAAGAAGAGCAAACACACAUUCGACCCUAUAGUGCAGCAGCAAGGAGUAGUGGCGCUCAGGAAGAAUGGUGGUCUUCAUAGGGUAAGGGCAGGGAUCGGCCUUACGAAAAGGACCUCCGGUGAUACAGAAAACUUCACCACAAGGGAUAAACCCAGCAGCACAGCUGUUGUUCGGGGAGAGGAAGAUGCUUCCCGCGGCAGAAGCUGGAGGCAAAUGCGCCUGUCCAGAAAAAAGCGAGAGCCUCAGUGA